GUCUUCUCACGCUCGGUUCAUUCCGUCAUGGAACUAUCUCACAUAGUGUUCCCAUCCGUGACACAGAAAUGUCUGUACAUGCCCACAAUUGAAAAAGCCGUCCGUUGACGGCGCAGUCACUCACUCCAUGAGCAAACCAUCUGCUUCUCACCUCCCCUCUCCUUCCCCACCCCCAGGGCCGCUCUAACCCCCCCUAGAUGUGCAAGUAGGAGAAGGCCAGCGCCUCCAUCCAUGCGCCAAGGUUGUAGCUGCCCGCCGGCGCCAACGCGGCCGCACAAGAGAAUGCGGCCGCGAAAAAUGGCGUCAGUUCCCAACUGUCGCCGCCGCCACUACCUAUCGUCAGGUACUGCCCUCCCCGCAGCAGUGACUCUAGGUGGAGCAGGCAGAAGACGAACAGCCCCAGGCCCAGCAGCAGCGACACGUAGUACGCGAAGGUGAUGAUGGAGAUGCCGCGGCUGCCGACGUUGAACGUCUUGUAGAGGGUCGCCACGCGGGCAAGGGUCUCGAGUUGGAGAGCGCUGGACAGCAAGAUCAGCGGCCAGAAGACGACGAUCCAGUGCCAUGACAGGGAGCUGUCGGCCUGUCGCCAUACACAGCAGAAAGAUCACACACAUGUGUGACGGCAACACGUGUUGGUCCUACAGCCUCCCUCGCGCACCUUCAUGCUGAUCAUGAAGAUGGACACAAACAGCACGGCUGCCGCGAUGCCGGCCCUCAAGCUUUGCCCCGUCCGAAUGAUGAUCGUCUUGAACACGGCAAGCAGCAGCAGCAUUUCUAUGGGUAUGACCACCACAUGGAACCGGGCCGUCGACACGUGGAGGGCUUUGCUGUACAGAAUGGAGGUGGAGAGGCACAGGGCGACGGCCACCAGGAGGCUCUGCAGGUUGGCGAACAUCGAUCGCCACAUGCUGCAGAUCUCCGUCUGGAUGGCGAAGUAGAUGCCGACGGCGAGAGAGGCUGCGGUGAGGAUGAGCACCUCGAGCGAGAACAGCAGCAGAGGGAGGACGACGUGCUGGGGCAACACUGAUGGAUAGAUCUGCACAACACAACACGCACAGGACAGCACACACACACAUGGGAGGCUUGUUCCCGCGCGAAAUAUCGUCCCCCUUCAAGUUGUCACCCACCUGGUUGACGUAUAGGAAGAGCAUCACGAGGCUGGCGCCAAGAUGGGCAUACAGUGCGGUGCCGACAACCCACAGGUACACCAUUCGCAAGCUGGAAUGAGUGAUGUAGAAUGUCUCCAGCUGCUUCGCCAGCUUCUCUUGCCGCUUCAGACGCUGUAUGCGGGCUGUGCGGACCGGACACGCAUUGAGGCAGGAAGAGCAGCAUCAGCGACUGCGACAGCAUUCAUGUGUGUGUUGUCCACACGUACCUUCGAGGCUCUUUGAGGUCGUGAUUGGAAGGUAUUGCCUCUGCUUCAUUGUCGACAGACCACCCAUGGAUGCUGCGGCUCCUCAACAGAAACUGCGCUACACGGGCACCAGACGCACCGAUAGGUCUUCUGUAAUCAUGUCGCUUCAACUGGUUCUGUACUGCAGAUCUUGAAGCAGGGCAACGAGUGCAGAAGGGGAGGGGCG